GUAGCCGGCGGUCGCCAUGGCAACCCCGGCCCGCCGCGGCCAUGGCGGAGCCGCCGGACGCCUCGGUUUCUUCGUUGCCGGCGGCUAAAGGAGCUCCGAAACCCCGGCCUAAGAAAGCACCGGAGCUGCCCAUCCUGGAGAGGAAGAACUGGCUGAUUUACCUGCUCUACGUCCGCAGGGACUACGAGGAGUGCAAGGCUGUCAUCAAGGAGCAGCUCCAGGAGUCCCAAGGGCUCUGUGAAUACGCUGUCUACGUCCAAGCUUUGAUAUUUCGCUUGGAGGGGAAAAUUCAAGAAUCUCUUGAACUUUUCCAGACAUGUUCCAUUCUGAACCCGCGGAGCGCUGACAACCUCAAGCAGGUGGCACGAUCCCUGUUUCUCCUGGGGAAGCACAAGGCAGCCAUCGAAGUGUACAACGAAGCAGCAAAACUGGAUGAGAAGGACUGGGAGAUCAGCCACAACCUGGGUGUGUGCUACAUGUACCUGAAGCACUUCAACAAGGCACGAGACCAGCUCAACAAUGCCCUGGAGCUCAACAGGCACGACCUGACUUACAUGAUGCUGGGGAAAAUCCACCUCUUGGAGGGGCAGGUGGAGAAAGCCAUUGAAGUCUACAAGAAAGCCGUAGAGUUUUCUCCAGAAAACACAGACCUCCUCACAGCCCUGGGCUUAUUGUACCUGCAGACUGGAGAUUACCAGAAGGCCUUUGAACACCUUGGAAAUGCACUUACCUAUGACCCAGGCAACUACAAGGCCACCCUGGCAGCUGGCAGCAUGAUGCAGGCCCACGGGGACUUCGACGUUGCCCUCUCCAAGUACAAGGUGGUGGCCGGCGCUGUUCCCGAGAGCCCCCCGCUCUGGAACAACAUCGGGAUGUGCUUCUUCGGAAAGAAGAAAUACGUGGCAGCUGUCAGCUGCCUGAAGAGGGCAAACUACCUGGCUCCCUUUGACUGGAAGAUCCUGUACAACCUGGGGCUGGUGCACCUCACCAUGCAGCAAUAUGCCUCAGCCUUCCACUUCCUGAGUGCUGCCAUCAGCUUCCAGCCCAAGAUGGGAGAGCUCUACAUGCUCCUGGCAGUUGCUCUGACCAACCUGGAAGACAUUGAGAAUGCCAAGUGCUCCUAUGAACAAGCUGUGGCCCUGGACAAGUGCAACCCCCUGAUCAACCUGAACUACGCUGUGCUGCUCUACAACCAGGGUGACAAGGAGGGGGCCCUGAGCCAGUACCAGGAGAUGGAGAGGAGGGUCAGCGCAGCCAAGGAGAGCAGCGCUCCCGACUUCGACCCCGAGAUGGUGGAGGUGGCCCAGAAGAUGGGAGCAGCCCUGCAGGUCGGGGAGAGCCUGGUCUGGAAUAAGCCUUCCAAAGAGUCCAAAUCCAAGCAGAGAGCUGCUGCGUCAGGGAAAUCCUCCGGCUCUCAGCAGCCUCUGGGCUCCAACCAAGCCCUGGGUCAGGCCAUGUCCUCUGCUGCAGGGUAUGGGAAAACCACGCCCCUUCCCUCAGGUGCUGGAACACCAGCUCUGCCAGCAAAGCCUCCCUCCCUGCCUCUGGAACCAGACCAGGACUCAGAAACGAGCCCCGAGGAGAGCUCGGCACCCGCAGGGGACGCGGCGCAGGGCAAGGAGAAGCACGGGAGCCAGCAGGGACCGGAGUAGGACGGGCUCUGGGCACCUCCCCGGCUGCCUGGCACCUGGGAAAGGGACCUGCUCCUCCCUGCUCCUCCCUGCCCCACGGGCCUUCACCCCACUGGCAGUUGUCUGGAUGCAGCUGUUUGUGUCAGUGAUUUUUAGCACGUGGCUCUGUCCCGAGUCGUUGCAGUGAUCAGAAGAGGUUGGUGUGUAGCUACUCUUAGUAUGGGCACCACAAGAGACUGCAGGAUGGGGAUCCAGCUCUCCACAGGUUGGGUGUGAGCCCUCUAGAAGGAUCCCAAGGCAUCCAGUACGUUUAGCAAAGCCAGCAGUAGUG